AUGGGCCUGAUGUUUGGGCCCUUAGGACAACUUUUGGAUAACAUUCUUCUUUUUUAUUAUUUGCUUUUGCAUUAUAGGUCUGAGUAUGGUGUGUUUUGGAAAUGUGUUCAAGCAGGACUCAUGUAUGUUGUGACUCAACUCUGCAAAAUGCUUAUUCUUGCAACCUUCUUCCCAGCAACGGAUGUACCUGGAGAUUACCUACAAGAAUUACUCAAGACGACUGUUGAUCUUGCUGAUUUGGUUGGAAUCUCCAUGAUGAUGAACCAAAUUCCGGGGAAGGGAGACUUGAAGGUCUUAGCAGCAGGUCUGGGUUGGGCAACAGCAGAACUAUUUUUGACAAGACUUGUUCCCAUGUGGUUUGGAGCAAGAGGUGUGGAGUUCAAUUGGAAAUACAUACAGAUGAGCAUUGAAUCCAAUAUCAACCUUGUUGGGCAUCUGACAACAGUGACUCUGGUUUGGCUAUGGUCAAGACAUGAUUUGAGCCAAACAGUAUUCCCUGUUAUCACCAUGCUACUUUUAGCCAUGUCCUACAAACCCAUCCUGAUGGAUUUCAUCACAAGAAGUGCACACCUGGGUGCUUGGAGUGUGCUUAUAGUCAAAGCUGUAUUUACUCUAGGCUCAGGUCUUGUUGCACUUCAAGUUUAUGCUGGAGUCAACAUAUCAUAA